UGUUAAUAUCUUGCCAGACGAAACACAUAGCAAUGAAAGGGGAGGAAGUAGGAAUGGCAUUCCUAUCUUUUCAAGGGUGAGGGUAGUGCACCAUUCACACAUCGUUAGGGUUGUAGUCUGGGUAAAUAGCAUCAUUGUUGUCACUAUAGAAACACAUUUUCUGCCUAAAGUGGUUUUAAGGUAUUCAUGAGGGUCAAAUGUUUCAAAGAGAUGUAGGAGAGAGUACUGUAUGCAAGGGAGGUUCCAGAGGGGCUGGACACACCCAGCACCCCUAUACAUGUAACAUACUAAUCUAGCUCAAUAGUUUUAGAACAAGUUUGAAAAGUCAAUAUGGUAUGUUAUGUAGCCCUCAUUCAGACUGUGAAGACUGAACCACGGUUUGGUAAAAACAAGUUUUUACUUUCAAAAUAGCCAACUAUUCACAUUCCAAUGUGGAUGUACUACAGGCACCAUGUUUUGACUGGCUGUUUUGAAGUGAUGUCCCUGAAGGAAACAGUGACCCGGACUUGAAUGAUGUAAAGACACAUAUGCAGAUCGUUUUACUACUCCACUCUUAAAAUGGGCUUUUAGAAAGUCCUAAACAGAUUUCUUAAAUUCAAUCGCACCUUAUCCAAUUAUUUUUUUCUUACGCCAUAAGGUUGUCCUCUGCACAUGUUGAAAUACCACACCUUAUCACCUAGAUAUCAGAAUAGACACAGAUGUUCCAUUUGUGUGUGUCUGUGUCUGUCCGUCCUAUGCUUACCUCUAUUGUCAUGCAACGGUUCCCCAAUUCCACAGAAAGGGGGGUUGUAGGGGUGGUACUCCUUUCCUCAGGGUUGGGGGAGGAGGUAGCUUGGGGCCUGAUAAGAGGUCUGGGAAGGCCAGCAGUGGGCAGACAGGUUUGUGGAUCCCACCCAUAGCUGGUUCAUUCACUGUGGAGGAGGCUGCUGUUGUUUGACCAUGGCUGGUGUGCAGACGGAGAUUGCCCUGUGCAGUCGGCCUUGGAGGGGACCCUUCCACAUCUAUGGUGGACUGGCAUGCAACUCGCUCAUGGCUGACUUGUGGUCAGACAGGACCCCUCUUCACGAUGCCGCCUACCAGGGUAGACUCCUGAUCCUGAGGACUCUGGUCUCACAGGGGUUUCCUGUGGACAUGCUGACAAUGGACAGGGUCUCUCCCCUCCACGAGGCCUGCCUCGGAGGACAUUACGCCUGUACCACGUUCCUACUGGAGAAUGGGGCCAAUGUGGAGAUGGUAUCGACUGAUGGAGCCACACCCCUCUUCAAUGCCUGCAGCAGUGGGAGUGUUGCCUGUGUCAGACUGAUUCUACAGCACAGCCCCAACACACAUGCUGUCCAUCACCUGGCAUCACCCAUCCACCAGGCUGCAAAGAGAGGUCACAGGGAGUGUCUAGAGGUGUUGCUGUCCCAUGGAUUCCACAUAGACCUGGAGCUGCCUGGUGUGGGAACCCCUUUGUACACAGCCUGUCUGGCCCAGGCCACCGACUGUGUGGAGAGACUGCUGCAAUCGGGUGUUGAUGUCCAGGGUGGGUGUGGUCAUGACACACCAUUACAUGCUGCAGUGCUAGGGGGAGAAGUCAGGAUGGUGGAGCUUCUGAUGGACUACGGGGCUGAUGGGAGUUGUAGGAAUUCAGACGGGAAGACUCCUCUGGAGCUGGCAGCUUGCAACAGUACAGUCAGAACUACAAUACAGAAAAGAGGUCCCUGCACUCUUUCUCAGCUGUGUCGGUUCUGCAUUCGGAGGAGUUUGGGACAGGCUCGUCUGGACAGAACAUCAGCCCUCUUCCUCCCUUACAGACUCCAGGCUUUCCUGCUUUACCAGUAACACUGAAACUGCAACCUUUUUAAAAAUGUUUGGUAAUUUUUUUUUUUUUUUAUAUUUAUCUUAAUCAACUUCUACUUCAAUGUUUUUAGCAGUGAGUUGGUGACUGAACAAAUUAAUGGUUUUGUUUUUCUUGGUUUAAUAGAAAUUGGGUUGACUGACUUUUGUAGCUUUUCUCAGGAUGCUGUAUUUGUCUAAUAAAAUUAUCAUAUUCAACAUCUCCAAAAAUAGCUUUUCUUUUGUCUUAAACCCCUUAUGUUGACGUGGACAUGUAUUUAUUGUAAUUGGGUAACAUAAACAGUAGGGGAAGCCCCAUCACAUACUGUAUCAACCCCUGAGGCAUUGCGAGUACAUCUCAACAGUCACCAGCGGCUUCUUCUCCUUGAUGCCUUUCCUAUAUCUGUGAGAAGAGGGGGAUUAGCCUGUCUAGGACUGGGGUUCCGCUAGCAGAACCCCUCGCCAAUGAAAUUGCAGGGCGCCAAAUACAAAUCAACAAAUCAAAUUAUUCACAUACAAGUAUUAGGCACCAUUUUAAAGAUACAAUUCUCAUUAAUCCAGCCAGUGUCUGAUUUCAAAAAUGCUUUACAGCGAAAGCUCCACAAACAAUUGUUAGGUCACCACCAAGUCACAGAAAAACCCUGCCAUUUUUCCCGCCAAAGAGGUCAUAAAAAGCACAAAUAGAGAGAAAAUGUAUCACUAACCUUUGAUCAUCAGAUGACACUCAUAGGACUUCAUGUUACACAAUACAUGUACGUUUUGUUUGAUAAAGUGCAUAUUUAUAUCCAAAAAUCUAAUUUUACAUUGGUGUGUUCAGUAAUUAAAAACAUGCUAUGAUUUUGCAGAGAGCCACAUGAAUUCACAGAAAUACUAAUAAAUGUUGAUAAAUUCAAGUGUUAUGCAUGGGACUUUAGAUGCACUUCUCCUUAAUGCAACCGCUGUGUGAGAUUAAAAAUACGGAAAAAGCAUCUGAGAACGGCGCUCCGAGCCCAAACCAGCCAAAAGAAAUAUCCGCCAUGUUGCGCCGUCAACAUUAGUCUGAAAUAGCAUUAUAAAUAUUCACUUACCUUUGAUCUUCAUCAGAAUGCACUCCCAGGAAUUGCAGUUCCACAAAUGUUUUUGUUCGAUAAUGUCCAUUUAUGUCAAAAUAGCUUUUGUUAGGGA